GGCAAAAGUAAAUUAACAAAGAAAGAAGCUACAAGCAAAUGUCAUUGUCAUUAGGUAGCACUAAAUGUCUUGUGGACAUCAUUAAACUCCUUAAUUACUUUGCAAAUAUUAGUCUAAUUGUUUUUCUCCCUGUCAUUCACGGGCAGAUAUUAGUCUAAACCAUCCAAAAUUGAUGGUUAAGUGUUUAAAUUGUAAUUAUCAAUGGGGAGAAAUUGUUUUCAUGAUGGAUGAUGGUAAAAAUUAUGAAAGCAAAGAGUUAAAGCAGUUUCUUCAUAAAAACUUUGUAUAUUAAUUUUAGAGUACAGAACACAUUGUUAACACCUCUAGUUACUUUAAUGUUUUAUUUAAGAGUUGAAACGUAAACAAUUAAUAUCAGUGUCACAUAGUCACUUGAUGCCUCUCUCUACCUUAUUUACUUGUAAAGAUUCAUCUCUCUUCUUUAAUUUUCCUCUUCUUGUUCUCUUUUGUUGGUUUUGUUAAAUACUUCUUUUGUUGCAGAGAUUACUCAGAGUCUCAGAUACUUGUUCAACCUUAAAACUAUAUACGACUAUAAGACAUCUUACAGAGUCAAUGGAAACAAACCAGUGGCGGUCGAGGAAAAAGAUAGAAUCAGCUGCAGAAACACUCCAAGUUUCUUCUAGAAGAGGCAGAGGACAGGCACGUAUGGUUCCUCCUGUAAGUGGAGUUAGAUCCGAGAGAGCUCGAAAAAGUCUAAGUGAGAAGCUAGAGACUGUAGCUUUAAACUCUCCUAAGAAAGAUGCUCGUGUGAGUCUUUAUGGCGAGAAAAGUGUAGUAGAUGAGAUUUUCCUAGAAGAUGAAGAAAUGGGUCAUGAAACUGGUUUGAAGAAUGGAGAGUCGUCGCCUUUUUGUGGUGUAUCGGACAAGCUUCUGCAGCGAAUCGAGCUUCUUGGGAGAGACCAUGAGGCAACGAGACUUGAUAACAACAAGUUCAGGUCAAUCGAAUCUAUGAAAAAGAGACAAGAAGAAUCGGCAUGUGAUGAUCUAGUUGAUAUGAAGACAAAGAUUCAAACGUUAGCUGCGGAGAACACUCAGCUUAAGAAGUCUCUUGUGGCGAAAGAAGAGCUUGCGGUAAGUCUUCAAGAGCGUAAAUUUCAGGUGGAAUCAGAAUUCGAAGCGUUAAUGACUAGAUUAGAUUCAACGGAGAAAGAAAACGCAUUCUUGAGAUAUGAGUAUACUGUUCUUGAGAAAGAUCUUCAGGUAAAAACAGAGGAAACAGAGCAUACUCGCAGGUCUAUGGAGCUAACGCAUAAGCAGCAACUUAGGAAUGUGAACAAGAUUGUUGAGCUUGAAGCUGAAUGCCAAAGGUUAAGACUUCUCUUUCGAAAGAAGUUUCCAGAGAAGUCUAUAUCUAUGAGGAAUGAAGGUGAAGAAAAGAAGAUGGAGAUGAGAAGACGAAACGCUAAUAAGAGCGAUAUGAUGAUGAGAGAUGAAGUUCAGAGCAGGAAGCUGAAGUAUGAUCUUUUGAUGGAGCAGAUUGGGAAUGUUAGGGCAGAGAACAAGAAUCUAAUGGACAUAAUUAUGAAGAAAAACAUUGAGAUCAAAGAUCUUAGCCGCGGGCAGAAACCGUUAGAGGCUUCGAGUUUCGAUAUUCAAAGCGAAAGUAGUGUGAUGAGCCCCUGUGGUUCCAAGGAGAUGAAGUUACUGAUGGAUGAUUUUAAUGAGAUGGAGAAGUUAGCCAUUGUGUGUACUGAGAAAGAUCCAAGAGUGGAUGAUGAGAAGGAAGGAUCUUUUGAUUGGAUUCAAGUUGUUUUGAGCGCUAUAACGAAGCAAGAGAGGAUAUCGAAACGCGGUGUUAAAGAACUCUUACAAGACAUUAAGAUUGCUUUAGGAUGUAUGGAUGAAAAUGAUAAUGUAGAAAGAAAGAAAGGUGAAGAAGAUCCUCUCUGCAUCACAUGGAAAUCUAAUAACGAAUCGGGUCCAAUGACUAAGGAUGAGAUCAAGAGACAUUUGGGUUUGACGAAAUCAGAUAAGGUGGAGAAGAUUGAAUCUGAUGAAAAGCAAGAACUGAGAAAGAAGCUUGAGGAAUCAGUGGAGAAGAUCAGAAACUUAGAAGCAGAGAUGAAAACAUUGAGAGAGAAUAAGGAAAAGGUAGAGGCAGAGAUGGAAACGGAGAAAUCGAUGAAGGAAGAUCUUGAUACAAAGCUGAACAUAACAAGAGCUAACCUCAACGAGACACAGAAGAAGUUGUCUUCUCUUGAAGUAGAAUUUGAUUACAGAAAGAGCUGUUGUGAAGAACUCGAAGGGACUUGCAUCGAGCUUCAGCUUCAGCUAGAAAGUGUUGAAACAAAGAAACCGACGCAGAGAAACAAAAACGGGUGGGAUAUAGCAACAGCUUCUGUGAAGUUAUCAGAGUGUCAAGAAACGAUUACCAGUUUACGGAAGCAACUAAGAGCGUUAUCUACAACAGAAACAAGCAGCACCAUUAAAUUUCUACACAAAAGAUCUUCUCUCCGGGAAAAUAUAGCAGAGGAUGAUACUAACAGAGUUGCUCAAGAUGAUGAUGGUAACCGUUACAACGCUUUGAUCGUGUACGAACCAGUGAAGGCGAGAGGUGAGAAGAUGGAGAUGGUACCGAGAAAGAAGCAAGGAUUAGGGUUCUUGAAAAAACUGUUGUUCAGGAGGAAAAGAGUGAGCAGCAAGAAAUGUCUUGCCUUGACUAUGUGAUGAAGAAAACUAAACUAAAAAGGCUUGUGUGUGUGUAAUGAGUGAACAGUGAAAACUGCUUUUGGGUAUGUUUGAUGUGUCUACUCUAUGAGAUGUGAUGAGUUUAGACUCUUAUUUGAUCUAAUAAACUAAAAUAAAAGGAAUGUGUUCAAUCCACGUUAACCCGGAAUGUGAAAAAACCAAA